CCCUUAUGAAAAUAUUGGUUUAUCGCAAUGUUGAACUAGAGUAUUUUAAAGAUAUGAAGUACAGAAGGGAAUUAAAGAAGCUAAUAUAAGAGGGCGGACGUUUGAUAUAUUUAAUGAAUAUGUGUAUGGAAAAGAAUUCGGGUGCAGCAGAGCUAUCUAAUUCUAGUGCACUUCUCUUGUUAUAAAAUUUAAUUUUGGAUACAGUCUAUGUGUUACUUCCAUCGAAUAUGUCUCCAACGCAUUUUAUUACCCUCCUCUACCUCUACACUUCAAAUCGGCUCAGCCCAUCAGUCCGCCGCCAUAUUAAGGAAGCCCUUUUUAUCCCAAGAGUUAUAUGCAAGCAAUGUCAAAAUCGGCGAGCUGUCACGUGUGGGUAAUUUACAAGCCGCUCGCAAACUGUUCGAUAAAAUGACAACGAAAGACGUUGUCUCAUGGAAUGCUAUUAUCACUGCCCACUGGCAGAAUGGGCUUCUCCAAGAAUCCAAAAAUUUGUUUCAAAUAAUGCCAGUGAAGAAUAUAGUCUCCUGGAAUAGCAUGAUCGCUGGCUGCAUUGAGAAUGAGAGGAUUGACGAGGCUCUUGACUACUUUCGAGCCAUGCCCAAGAAAAAUACCGCCUCAUAUAAUGCAAUGAUAUCAGGUUUUGUAAAAUAUGGUCGCAUAGAGGAAGCUAGUCGGCUCUUUGAAGAAAUGCUUAGGAAGAAUGUUAUUUCUUACACUGCAAUGAUUGAUGGGUAUAUGAAGAUAGGGGAGGUUGAUAAGGCAAGGGAAUUGUUUGAUCAAAUGCAGUGUAAAAAUUCUGUUUCUUGGAAUGUGAUGAUUAGCGGAUAUGUGGAGAAUGGCAGGUUUCAGGAAGCUAGAGAAUUGUUUGAAGGGAUGCCAGAGAGCAAUAAAAAUGUUAUAGUGGUUACGGCUGUGAUUAUGGGGUACUGUAAGGAGGGGAUGGUGGAAAAUGCUAGACUUUUGUUUGAAAGAAUCCAGAAUAAAGAUCUUGUGUCUUUUAACGCAAUGAUAAACGGGUAUGCACAAAAUGGUGCUGGUGAGAAAGCAUUGAGCUUAUAUUCAAAGAUGCUUGGGAUGGGCCUGCAACCAGAUCAGGCAACCCUUGUUUCAGUAUUCACUGCCUGUUCUGCUUUUGCAUCUCUUAAAGAAGGGAGACAAACUCAUGUAGUUGUCAUAAGAAAUGGGUUUGUUACAAAUGUGUCUGUAUGUAAUGCUUUGAUUAUGAUGUACAGCAAAUGUGGUUGUAUCCUUGAGUCUGAGUCAGCUUUUAGACAAAUACACACUCCAGAUAUUGUUUCGUGGAAUAGUAUUAUUGCAGCAUUUGCACAGCACGGACUCUAUGAGAAAGCUCUUAAUUUUUUCAGCCAGAUGACUAUGAAUGACUUUGAACCAGAUUGGAUUACUUUUCUUAGUUUGUUGUCUGCAUGUGGACAUGCAGGGAAGGUGAAAGAGAGCACAGAUUUGUUUGAAUUGAUGGUAAAAGAUUAUGGAAUCGUCCCCAGGUCUGAACACUAUGCUUGUUUGGUUGAUAUAUUGAGUCGAGCUGGGCAGUUGGAGAAGGCAUGUAAGGUUAUUAAAUUUAUGCCAUUUAAACCUGAUAUUGGGGUCUGGAGCUCUCUUCUCGCUGCUUGUAACAUGUAUCUGAAUGUGGAAUUAGCAGAAUUAGCAGCCAAGAAAAUUAGGGAUUUGGAUCCUCAUAACUCAGGGCCUUAUGUUAUGCUGUCCAACAUAUAUGCGGCAGCUGGAAUGUGGAGAGAAGUUACUAGAGUGAGGAUCCUAAUGAAAGACCAACAAGUUAAGAAGCAACAAGCUUAUAGCUGGAUGGAAAUCGAUAAUAAAAUGCAUUUUUUCUUAGGAGGGGAUAUAUCUCAUCCAGAUACUGAUAAGAUUUAUUUGGAAAUUAAGAGGGUCAGUCUACAUUUGAAGUCUAUGGUUGAUAUUGCAGAAAUCGUUUCAUCAUGAAGCAUUUUCGAUUGACAUACAAAUUGUUUGAUGUGAAAGCCUAGAACUAAUUCAGUCAAUUCCAAAGUGAAUGCAUUUAGCGAAGGAAAAGAGGAUGCUUGUCAAUGUGGGAGUUGGGAAGAGUAAAAGCAUAGUUUCUGAAGCCAGAUGUCCGGGAAACUUGGCUAGCAAUUGAUGGAGAAACAGAGAGGGUGAUUAGAUUUAUGCCUAAAUGGAUGGGUGUUAACUAGUGAGAGGAGGGAUCAGCCAUUAAUGAUAAUCUUUGCUAGUGGUUCUUCUGGUUGUGCUAAUGCUUUAAGCAAGCAAUAACGCACAGGAUUAAAUACUUGUGGAGCUGGAUGAUACAAAACUGGAACAUGGGAUUUCAAAAUAUACAGAAGCACAACAGAUUUGAGAGACUCUAUAACAAUUCGUGUGAACAAAAACGGAGAUGGAAGAUGAAAAAUUGGCUAAUUUUAUUUUGAUUAUCAUAGUUGGUUA